AUGAGUAACACAUUCGAUCAAGACUUUUGUCCAGCUUGCGGAACGAUUUUACCAUUACCGGAUGGCUCAUCGAUGAUUCAAUGUUUAUUGUGUAGGAAAAUUCAAGAUAUAUCAGUUUUUCAUGGGGCGCAAUCGACGGUUCAUGUCGAUUUUCGAUCGACUCGUGAUGAAAGAAAAGAAUCGGAUGCUGGAGAUACAAUUGAAGGAACAAUGAUUCAACGAAAAUGUCCACGUUGUGGAAAUGACGAAAUGGCGUUUACGACGCGACAAUUACGUUCAGCUGAUGAAGGACAAACAGUUUUCUAUUUGUGUCCGAAAUGCUCAUUUCAAGAAAUCGAAAAUUCUUAG